UUUGCCGAACUGUUGUCCUUCCCGACCGUGUAAACAAAUCUAUUCUGAAAUCUGCAUAUGUUUUGUUAAAGUUCACAAAACGAAAUUGUAACCUCCGUCAGUAGACCGAAAUGUCAACAAAAGAUUCAUGGAAGACUUUUCAAGAUCAAUUCCAGAAACUAUCAGAAACAAAUAAAUCUAUUCAAAAUAACUUGAAAAAACUUGAGUCUUCCAAGAAAGAGAAAGACUGUGCCCAGGUGAAGGAAAGCCUAGGGAAACAGCUGGAUGAAGCCAUCAAGCUACUGGAGAACCUCCAGGAGAAGGUGGGACAGACACAGAGAGACCUGACCACACCAAACACCAAUGUCAGUAAAGAAAAGGCCCCAAGACAAAAAGGGAGGCUGGACCCGGAAGAGUCGGAGAUGGCGUAUGAGUUAAAGGCGCAGAUGAUGAAGAAUGUGGAGGCUCAGAACUCCAAGCUACGAGCAGAGAUCACUUUACAUGAGAAGAUUGUGGAGGUGAAGCAUCUCCACAACGAGAACCAGAAGCUGCAGGAGGAGUCCAACCUCUCCCACACCAACGUGGUCAAGCUCCUCAGCAGGUUCGAGAAGAAGGCCAAGGAAACUGACAAGAAGUUGAAGGCGUUUGAUGAGGAGCUGGCUAAGGCCAACAGACUGGCAUUCCGAUACAAAGACCUGUAUGAUCAGGAACGGCAGCGGAACCGUGGAAAGGCACUAUCCCCACGCCCCGAUGACCGUGAAGAGACGGACAGACUGACCAUGCCGUCCAUCUCUGGACGCCACAAGAUAUCCAACUCUUCCACUCUCUUGGGAAACAAUGUGAGAGUCAACGAUGUCAUCCGGAAAAAUGAGAGUUUGGUGGAUGAGAAUGAGUCUCUAAGGCAGGAGAUUGUCAAGUUACGUCAGGACAACGCAAUCCUUUUGAAGAAAACCAAACAUGCAAUGGCUGACAGAGACAGUAUACUACAUGAGCUGGAAACAUGUCGCAUGUCACGGGAAGAUGUCGUCAAACGAUUCCAGAAGGAGAAGGCUCAGAACCAGGUCCUAGCGCGGGCAGCAGCUCGCCGAGCCCAGGACUUUGUGUUUGAGAAGCGCCAGCAACAUAGCCUUGAGGAGAGCUUACGUUGGAGAGUGGUAUACAACGAUAGGUCUGGACCCAUCAGUGCCUAUGGAUCAGCACCCAGAACAUACUCACACGCUGUGCCUAAGAACGUGGACCAACCACGGGGGAUGCUACCAGUCCAAGACUAUGCAACAGCCAAUCAAAGCUCAGCUUAAUGAUGGACACUAUACAGGCAUUAUCAUCCAGUUGAUAAGAAACAUAUGUCAUAUGCAUUAUUAUGAUUUAAGUCUGGCAUAUCUUUCUUUUCAAAUUUGCGGCUCCUAAUUUUAGUGGGUAUUUUGGAAUUGACAAUCAUGUUAAUUUGUUUUGGUUUAAAUCUUGAUGUGUGGUUUUUAUUGCAGUACCUGAUCAGGAUAGUAAUGUUUUAUCACGUUCACAUCUUUUGCCAGUAUUAAUCACAUAUUUUCAAUCAGUAUUAACUAUGAACAGUUAAAUCAUCCUAAAAGAGCCUAAUUAAAGUGAUCGGAAUCAAACAGUGAAUAAUUUCAUCAAGUAUUAACAAUGCUGUGAAUAGUAGAUUGGAUCAAGCGAUGCGUCUACAAAAACAAAUCUCGCUCUUGACUCCACCUGAUACAGAAUGUUAAUAGAUGGAGAGACUGGAGAUUACACUGGUGCCACUCUCACUUUGAGCAGCAAACUUUUAGGGGGAGGGGUGGCAAAACAUUUUGAGUGUGUGUUGCAUGGAGUGAUGGGUGGAGGUGAUGCGAAUUACAGCAUAUCAAUCUGGGCUUGAGCAAUUUUACUUGACUACUUAACAAUCAAACUUCAACAUAGUCUGCUGUGUGUUUUCAUUUGAUCGUGAGGACCAGUGAAUGCUGUGUUUAGUGUAAGCCUACGUGAAAUAGGCGCUUCUGCUUGUCUGCUUGUUUAUAUAACGGGCCCUAUCAAACUAGAGAGAAGAACCAUCAAUACCUGGUGUAGGCUGUGGCUGCCUUGCGCCCUUGCAUAAUAUGGUUUGAAAAGAUAUCACUCAUUGACUCUCUGAGCCACUAUGACACCUGUGUGUGUAUGGGGUAACAAGUGUCUUGCCCACAAUUGAAACUACAGAUAAACAUUUUAAUGUAGUCAUGUGUAGUUUCUGCACUUUUUGUGUACAAACGGUUAAUUCAAUUAUUACGUAUAACUAUCUCCCCUGAAACCCCUUGAACUGCAGGACGUUGAAACUUGGAUGAACCCAUAUCAGUGGGGUUGCUAAAGGUUUGUUCAAGUCAUUUCUGUUUAAAUAUUUAUGACCACAACAGCCGUACUGAAAGUCUGAUUAUGCUGAUAUUUACUGUAAAUUAUGAAAUUAAUGAGAACAUAAAAUUAAUCUACAAAAUGUUAGUGUCCCUUGCAUGCAUUUGAUAAAGAGAAGCAUGUCUAACUGGACAUACUAGUGUUUAAUAUCACACCAGAUUCCCGGCACAACCCAGACACGACAUAUGCUACUCAAAAGAAUUUACAGAACACACAAUUUUUUCAUAGGACUAUAGUUAAUCUGUCAUGUUAACUUCUUGAACAUGAACUGGUGUUUUCCUCCAUGCUAUAUUGUGGUGCCGGUAUUCUAAAUGUUUACUUUAGUGUUGUGUGCUGAAUAGUGGGAUAGGUUUUAUAAAUUUCCAAGGUAGGGCUAUUCACAUUUAUUCCAUGAUUAUAUAGCUGGAAUAUAGGGAGUGUAUUUAUUUAUAUUUUGGUUUUUGACCAGUUUUGACAUAUUAACUAUACCCGUGAAUGGCAGGUUGGAAAUUGCAGAUUUGUUAAUGCCAUGUUUCAGUAUGGCAAGGACAUCAUCCAGUUGAGCACAAUUCCAACAGGAAUCUAUAAUACCAGUUGUAAUUUAUUGGCCAAUAUGUUUUAUGUUUGUGUCUUUGACAAUAGGCAGGCAAUCAGUAUUUAUGUCUCAAUCAGACACUUGUACAAACGGCCCAGUCUUUUGCUGGACAAAGUUGUCUGUUGUAUUUUAUGUGAUCAAAUUAGUAUUUGUUGACAACUUGCCAAAGACUAUCUCUCUCUUCCCCAGUACCCCAUGCUUGUCUCCCUGUAGAUUAUAUGACCGGGUCGCUGUGACCCCAGGUACCAAUGAUAUCCCUAGGCUGGGUCAGGAGCACCCCAGGGAUGACCGGGUUGAGGUGACCCAAGUUCUGGAUAUCCUUAGGCUGGGUCAGGAGCACCCCAGGGAUGACCGGGUCGCGGUGACCCCAGGUCCAGAUAUCCCUAGGCUGGGUCAGGAGCACCCCAGGGAUGACCGGGUUGCGGUGACCCCAGGUACGGAUAUCCCUGGUCUGGGGCAGGAGCACCCCCAGGGAUGACCGGGUCACUGUGACCCCAGGUCCGGAUAUCCCUAGUCCGGGUCAGGGGCACCCCGGGACAAUGCAGAGGUCGUCCGGGUCUUCGACCCCAGGACACCGACACCUCUCUGUGGCUCUCUCUUCCUAAAUCAUCAUUCUCAUUAGCAGCAACCGAGUCAGCCCCCAUUUUGCCAAAAUAUUAAUAAAUUUGUAUUUUAUCGUACUACUUGUUUUGUUGUCAUUGCACAAAGUACAAAAUAGGUCCCCAGUACCCCAUGCUUAUUUCCACGUGAUGAUUCUUGAGAACAGGUCCCCAGUACCCUAUGCUUGAUUGCCCAUGUAUACUGAUGGCAAUUACCAGAUAAUUAUUUACCUAUUAGAUGAUCAACAUUGUCAGAUUUUGUUGGAACAAAUUAUUUCCCUAUCCUUCUGUUGGUCUCAUGUAACUUUAUCUGUGUUUCUUUUUGGAGCAGUUGUAAUUUUUAUCUGAUCUAUUUAAAUAUCCUUUCUGUGCAAAGCCAAAGAUACUUUCAUCCAAUCAUCUAGUCUGUGUAAGUACUACACCAGUGUUGUUUAUCAAUACGUAGUUGCAUCUGUUAAUAUUCUGUCAUUAUCGUCUCAUUCAUUUAGGCCAGUGGGAUUGGAACUAUAUCUUGCCCUAAUGUAACAAUUUUUCACGGCCUCCCCAAAUACAUGUAACUUUUUUUAUGACCCCCUUCCUGUAAUAAAUUGCCAGUCCCUAAAUAAUGUUCAAAUUUAUAAUUUUUGAUGAUGAAAAAAUAGAUCUGUGUCAUUUUUUCUUGAAUUUAGGCGAUUCUCUUCUCGGAUCCUGUGUAACAUGUUAAUCCAUUUAAGAUGUUUAGUUAAUCCAUUUAACAUGUUUAAUGUUUCCAACUUUAUGACAAUUGUACUAAAAGCAUUUGUUACAAAAGUAAUGUUGCUUUAAUUGUAAUAACGUUGUAUAUCCAUGAACUAUAUCCCAAAUGAAAAUGAUCUGAAAAAUAAUGUUGCCCUUAUAAUAUUCCACACUCAUUAUGCCUUCGGUGUAUAAGCUGUGAUCUGAGUGAGUGAGUGAGUGAGUAUGGUUUUACGCCGCUUUUAGCAAUAUUCCAGCAAUAUCACGGCGGGGUUCACCAGAAAUGGGCUUCACACAUUGUACCCAUGUCGGGAAUCGAACCCGGGUCUUCGGCGUGACGAGCGAACGCUUUAACCACUUGGCUACCACACCGCCAUCUGUGAUCUGAUGGACAGCUGCCUGGAGAGACCGCAGUCGUAGAUCCGCUGUUAUGUCACAAGUCUAUUUUCGAGCACUAGCACACCUAGUUUUGGCGCUAUCAGUUUAAAGCCAACCCCAUAUGUUGUGAAAAACAUUGUCAUGAUCAUUGAGCCAUGAAAGGUAAUGGUAGAAUAAACAGUUUUGUGGAAAUAUCUUCACAAAAUUAUUAUUGUUAAUAUUACUGUUUAUAGUACAAAUGUACAUAUGCACGAUGUGGACCAAAUCUUGAUGAAUGUAUGCCAGUUAAUUUUGUUCUAUGCAGAUACCUAUUGCAGAGUAAGAUAUGUUUAUCAUGUUUAUUUCAUGUGAUUUGUUUCUUUGAGUGCAUAUUGCACUGUUUGUAUAACUUGCCAAAUUUUAUAGACAUUUUGUAUUUAUUUUAUUAAAUCACAUGAAUACCAAAA